CCCACAGCUCCGGGGCGCAUCACAAGGCCCGGGUUGCCAUGGCAGCUGCGGAGGCGGGCGGCGCGCAGGCCUGCCAUGAGGGAAAGCCAGGAUGCCGCCGGAGCUCAUGGCUGGAACCGCGUCGGCUCCGUGGCCACCAAGUGGUUCACCGGGGCGCCCUUCGGGGUGCAGAGCCACAGGUUUGACAUCUCUGCUGUUUAUCCCAACCGGAAGAAGUUCAGCACCUUCACUGAGGCCCCAUACUCCACGCGUUAUUCUGCCCAAGUGUCCCACAUAGGCCCUGGGACUUACAGCUCCAAGGAAACCUGCUUCAGCAAGAGGAAGCUGAUGAAUGAGGUGGACACAGGCUGGGCCAAGGCCCAGGAAGCCACGCGGCUGACCCAGCUACCCCACUUCCAGUACCAGGCCAUCAUGAAAGAGAAGCGGCUGAAGGAGCAAAAGCUGGGGCCUGGCUCCUACAACCUCAAAGACUUCUUAGAACAGCUGCAGGAGAAACCAUGUAGCACCCGGGGGCUGCUCAGCUCUGGGGAGGUUCGCUUCCGAGGACUCAUCGGAAACUACUAUCCAGGCCCUGGAAAUUAUGGGGAGAAGGGCAAUCCAUACACCAAGCUGGAGGAGAAUGCCUGGAACCGGUCCCAUUCCGAGGGCCUCAUGUGCAGGAUGAGCAACAAGCCGCACCCCCGGCCUCAUCAGGGGAGUGGUCUGGGACCCGGCACCUACUCCUUCAAAAGCGACCUUGAGACAUACGUGGCACGAUCCGUCGGCACCCGCGGCCCCUAUGACACAUUCUCUGGUGAUCGGAGCAAGCCACUGCCUUAUGGGCACUACUCCAUGCAGGAAGAAAGGCCCAGGGAACUGAUGAAUUUCAAGAGCUUCGUAGAAGAACUUAACUCACAUCACAAUAAGAAGCAUGGGGUUUUUUCUAAACUUCCCCGCAACCCGAAAACCCCUACAGAGAGGAUUUACUGGGCCAACCUUAGCCAGUGCCCCCGCACACUGGCCACAUCUGGCCCCAGUUUCUGGCUUCCACAAGAGAAGAAAUGUAAACCCGUCAACCAGCCCCCAUUCCUGUUGACCUCCAAGGGGUCAGGCGCAAAGGCCUGCCAGAUGAUUAUGGGAAGCUGGAACCCAGUAGGUGUGGGCCGCUACCUCAACACCUGGCUGAUGGAGACAAAAGACAGGCGGCAGCGGUAUCGAUCCCUAUUCCUGAGUGGAUCCAAACGCUACCUCACAGACCUGGCCCGGGACACGCUCAUGCAGGAAAGGAUCACACCAUUUACUAAGGGGAAGUGCCCUCCAACUGUGGAUUACAAUUCAGAUCCUACUCCUUAAAGCCACAUGUGAAGGACAGCCCGCAGUGACCGGAGAGCCCAAAGGCCUGAAGACAAAUCUGGGGGAGAUCAAUUAUCCUGAGAACUCAACUCAGCCAGUGACAUGAACAUGGGGGCCAGAGAGCAGAUGGACUGAAGGGAUGGGAUGUGAUUGACACUCGUGGGACCCUUUCUAUUCUAAAGCCAGAGUGCUUGGCUCCCUGUUUAUUAAAGGUCAGAAAGUGG